ACUUUUUUAUUUAGUUGUGAAAAAAAAAAUUUAUUUGAAAAUCUUUGGACCAUCACUACAGGUGGUGAAGGUGGUACAGGUGGAACAGGUUGUUUUACUUCAACAAGUGGAUCAACCAGCAUAUCAACAGGUAUAAUAGCAGGUAACUCUUCAGACUGGAGAGACUCUUCAGAAGCAUCUGAGGACUCUUCAAGAGGCACAUCAGAUAGCAGAUCAUCAGAUAGUGAUUCAUUUUUACCAUCUCCCAAUCUUCAGAAGAAAUCAAUUGUAUAG